GCAUACCAAUACAGCUACUUCACCCUCCCAGCCCCGCCCGCGGGCGGCUCCCGCACCCUCCCGGUCAGCAGCUCUCGCACCUGCAGCGCGGAGGUGGGCGCGGGCUCCCGGCGAGACUGCCCGGGGCCGGACCGGCGCCUCGGACGUCCGAAGGGGCGGGGCCGAGCUGCGCGUUCCGGCCCCGGGGCGUGGCCUCGCGCAGGUGCGCGGAGAGGCUCCGGUUUCACUGAAACUUCUCCGUCUCCGGGGAGGCGCGCGCAGAGGCUUGGAUUCGAGCAGGUGAGGCGGUGGCUUUCUCUCAGAGCGGCCAGUGGGACUCCGAGUUUCAAAUCGUUGGCGGCGAAUCCCCUGCCCACCUGGCGUCGGGGCUGCGGGAAGGAUGCGAAGCCUGAGCGCGGCGUGGCUGCUGGGGGGCGCCGUCCUGCUGGCGGCCUCUGCGUCCUGCAAUCGCACCGUCCAAGGAGCCAAUAGAACCUCUAAAGGAAGAAGUCUUAUUGGUAAGAUUGAUAGCUCAUCUCACAUCACUGGGAAAGGAGUUACAGUGGAACCAGGCUUUUCUGUGGAUGAGUUUUCUACCUCCGUCCUCACUGGAAAACUGACUACUGUCUUUCUCCCAAUUGUCUACACAAUUGUAUUUGUGAUUGGUUUGCCCAGUAAUGGCAUGGCGCUGUGGGUCUUUCUUUUCCGAACGAAGAAAAAGCACCCUGCUGUGGUUUACAUGGCCAGCCUAGCCUUGGCAGACCUCCUGUCUGUGAUCUGGUUCCCUUUGAAGAUUGCGUAUCACAUACAUGGCAACAACUGGAUUUAUGGGGAAGCUCUCUGCAAGGUACUCAUUGGCUUUUUCUAUGGCAACAUGUACUGCUCCAUUCUCUUCAUGACCUGCCUCAGUGUGCAGAGGUAUUGGGUCAUCGUGAACCCCAUGGUGCACCCCAGGAAGAAGGCAAGUAUUGCCUUUGGGAUAUCCCUGGGGAUAUGGCUGCUGAUUUUGCUGGUUACCAUACCCUUGUAUGUCGUGAAGCAGACUGUCUACAUUCCAGCCCUUAACAUCACAACCUGCCAUGAUGUUUUGCCUGAGGAGGUGUUGGUAGGGGACAUGUUCAAUUAUUUCCUCUCUCUGGCCAUCGGAGUCUUUCUGUUCCCAGCCUUCCUCACCGCCUCUGCCUAUGUGCUAAUGAUCAGAACACUCCGAUCUUCUACUAUGGAUGAAAACUCGGGAAAGAAGAGGAAGAGAGCCAUCAGACUCAUCAUCACUGUCCUGGCCAUGUACCUGGUCUGCUUCACUCCUAGUAACCUUCUGCUUGUGGUGCAUUAUUUCCUGAUUAAAACCUGGAGCAAGAGCCACGUCUACGCCCUGUACAUUGUAGCCCUCUGCCUCUCCACCCUCAACAGCUGCAUUGACCCCUUUGUCUAUUACUUUGUUUCACAAGACUUCAGGGAUCAUGCGAAGAAUGCACUCCUUUGUCGAAGUGUUCGUACUGUAAAGCGGAUGCAUGUAUCCCUCACAUCCAAGAAAUUCUCCAGGAAAUCCAGCUCUUACUCUUCAAGUUCAACCAGUGUUAAAGCCUCCUAUUGACUUUUGCAGCCUCUCUAUUGGUUGUUUUACAGGAGGAUUUGGAACCUGCUUGAUGUUGUGGGUAUGUUUCUGUCGGUUCCUAUCUAAGCAGGUCUCACCACAUACUACCAUGUAUAUGCAGCACCUCUCGGGAUUACUGGGAGCUUCCCUGUUUGCGUGAGGAAAGUCCCUCAAGUUAAUGUAGAUGUCAGUUUUAGAAUUCUUUCUGAUGCUCCCGGAAAUGCAACCAACAGAGCAAACUUUUCAGAAGACGGUGAAACAACAGAAACUUGGUAACGUGUAUAAACUAGCAUCCGCGUGAAGACACGGUUCUUCACUGAGACUACAUUUCUUUUACAUCUGGGCUGUUAGGGCUUCAGUGCCCUCAGAGAUGAUCAGACCAAUUGACUAACUUUACAGGCGAGGAAACUAGAAUGGUAAAGCUCUCCGAAGUCAAGGGAGCUUCUGUUCCAACCAAUGGCAGCCUCUUAGUAUUGGACAGUAGAACGAGCAUGUUCAGUGGGGUCCAACCACCCCACCUCGUCGUCAAUCUGGUUUACAAUGCAAGUUUGUCAGACUCAGGAAUAAGAGCUCAGGGUCUGGGUCAGGAACCUGCAUUUUAACAAGCCUCUGCUGCGUGUGCUUACACACGAGAACCUUUGGUCCAGGUGCUGCUUCUGCUUGACAAGGUGCCAAGGAGAAGCAUAUAGUGCUUUGAGUGUCUUUUACAAACAGCCUGUAAUGAAAUCUGUUUGUUGUCUCAUUAGAGCUUUCAGCUAUUUAUCAGUCCUUUGAGGUUUUGUAUAUAUUCUUAUCACUACAAGGAAAAUGCAGUGGAGGUUUUAAAGGUGGAGAUACAAAUUGUGUGUAACUUUAUACUGAUGCAGAAUCUUCCGGUAGUCUGAGUUACAGAUGGUUUCAAAGUAAGAAUGGCAUUUGCCACUUAGUAUUUUUCAUAAUUAAAGUUGGACUAUUUAUUGUCAGUUUUAUUUACUUGCUGCCAAAUAUGACAUUGUAAUGCCUUCACUGGAUUUGAACCACGUCUGUUUGGAAAAGAAUGCUAAAGAGAUGUGAUUCACAAUAUAUGUAGGAGGCAUUUACCCCAAACUGAAUUUAUAGCUGUUGUAUUUGUGAUUUUUUUUUGGAAUAAUUUUAUUGUAGUGAUUUAUAAGUAACACAUGACCCUGGUUUUUACAACUUA